UAAUUUGGCAAAACUUUAAAUUUCUCAUAUUUCAUAAUUAUAUUUUAUAAUUGCUGACUCCUUGAUUCUUUUGGUGCCCAAAGUUAUGUUCAAUGAAUUCAUUUAAAUUUAAUACCAAUUAAUGUCCUUUAACGAGUUUUUAAUUGUCUACGCAAUGCCCUUAAAAGGCCUAGUCCAUCUCAGGACCCACAAUAGUUACAGCCCGAGCUUGCUACGAAAUGAAUCUUACUUUUGAUAGGUCUGUGGAGGUGUUUUACACGGGUCAGAAGCGCAUUUUGGGCUGGUAUUCGAUCUGGCCACAGCAGGUGCGCUGGAAACGUGUGCUGCACGGGAUAAAUUUCUGGUUUGUUUUCGGCUUCUGGAUGAUGACCUUCAAUUUCAUGUUUGUGAUGUACAUUGGAAUCAAUAUACGGCAUAUGAGCGAGGUAAUGAAGGGUUUCUUUUUGCUGGCCACAAGCGUUGGCUACUCUAUAAAGGUAAAUUGUUUAAGAUUCGUACAACAGCUGCCUAAAACUCUGUUUUAUUUUCAGCUAUUCUCCUUUAAGUCUAAUAACGUGGCCCUGCUCCAGAUCGUUGCCAAUCUACACGAUCCACUAUUCCGACCGGAAAAGCCGGAGGAGCAGCAAAUUUUUGUGGCCGCCAGGGAAUUGAGUCGUACUGUCCGUAAUUCUUAUGGAACUUUUUCGUUGUGUACUUUAAGUACAAUGCUCCUUACUUCAUAUAUCAUCGAUAAUAGCGAGCUACCUCUGGUUAGCUAUGAUCCUUUCAAUGGAGCACCCGGCUCCAUUGGGUACUGCCUCAUGUACAUUUAUCAAUGUAUUUCGCUCUCGACCGGCUGCUUUAUGAAUAUAUCCGUUGAUUCGCUGUGCUGUUCCAUUUGUAUAUUUAUUCGAUGUCAAUUAGAUAUUUUGGCAUUACGACUGCAAAAUAUUGGCCACAAUUGCGAUCUGGAAGGCACAAAGAAAGGCGCCGAAAUGGAGCGGCUGCUGAAGAAUUGCAUUCGCUACCAUAUGAAGAUUGUCCAAUUGGCAGCUGAUACCGAGGCUUUGGUCAAUAAACCCAUAUCGGCGCAAAUAUUCUGCUCUGUGCUGGUCCUAACUGCCAACUUCUAUGCCAUGACGCAGCUAUCCGACGAGAAGCUGUUCCUUUUGAAGAUGGUAAUUUACCAAGUCUGUAUGCUCAUGCAGAUCUUUAUAUUAUGCUACUUUGCGGGUGAGAUAACACAGCGCAGUCUGGGUCUGCCCCACGAUCUGUACAGAUCCGAUUGGGUGGGUUGGCAGCGGUCCAAUCGGCGGCUGCUGCUGAUGCUGAUGCAACGCCUGGAUAAUCCCAUACGUAUGAGGACAAUAAAUGCCAGCCAUGCCUUUGACUUGGAGCUGUUCGGUUCGGUGAGUUGCAACUGUAUUUUGCGCACUGUAAAAUAUUCCAUAAUGAGCGGCUCAUUAGGGCUAAUUAGCCUGCGUGUCCUUGCGUAAGCUGGCCGUAUAUAAGGCCUGCUAAAAGUGCAGCUGACCAAAUAGUCAUUGUUCGAUAAAGUCUUGACAUGAUGCA